UGAUUGGCUGUGAGCCUUGGUCCGAUUUAGGCUCAUUAUCUUAAUCACCCGUAGAUGAAGCGAGAGAAGAAAGCACAGGCUAAACAGGAUCGGAGGGUUCUGGCGUGGAGCGUGGUUGUAACACGAAACAACCACCACUGGGCGAGGGAAGGAUGCUUGAAAAUAAGAGAGAAAGAUUAAAAACCUUCCUGAGGAAGAUCGACGAAAAGGCCAUUGUCAGAAUCAAGCAUUUCAUGAAAGAGGGCAGCUACCCCGUGGAGGGCAGUGGAGGUGGACUGCCAGCCAAAGUGAAGAAGAGUCGGAGCAGUCUGAGUAAUGGAAGCAUCAAGAAGGUGGAAGCUCGGAAAGCCUUGAGUCUGGAGGCGGCCCAGCUCGAGAUUCAACAACAACACAAAACUCUCAGUCGGCAGGGGGCCGUCAGGUCGCAGACAUUUGACGAGGACAGCAAAGGCUUUGAAAGGACAGAAGGAACUGGCUCCCAAAGUAGCUUUAUAAAGCACAACAAGACAUUCCACAAGUUGUUUCCUGAUAUUCCUGAAAGUGAAGAUUUGAUACAUGCAUAUCUCUGUGCGCUGCAGAAAGAGGUGCCCUACCAUGGAAGGCUCUACAUCACAGAUAAAAACGUUUGCUUUUAUUCCUCCGUUUUGCUCAAGGACACAAAGGUUGUUGUUCCAGUUUCCUCCAUCCACAUUGUGAAGAAGCAAAACACAGCCCUGCUUGUCCCCAAUGCCGUAUCCAUUCGCACUACAGAUGGAGACAAGUAUCUCUUUGUCUCCCUGAGAAACCGAGAGGGAUGUUAUCAGCUUCUACGUUCAGUCUGUCCUCAGAUUGAGGAUGGAAGCACAAACAGUAGCCCCAUAUUUUCCUCAGCUGAAAACAGCUUUGAGAAGAGUAGACUUGUGAACUCCAGCCAGUCGAGUUUGGAGGAGAGCUUUGACCUCUUUGAUGGCUCUGACAUUCAAACUCCAGUGCAGCCCCUCUUCAAACCCCACAGAGAGACCGUGCCUAAUAGUACUGGCUCCACUCUAAGAAGCAUGCACAUACAGCCAAGUGAUAGCUCCUCAUCAGAAGAUCUGUCUGUGUCAAGUGGCUCCUGGGUAUGGAGUGUGACUGAUAAGGCUCGCUCUCUGUUUGUUCAGAGGGAAGCCAGCACUCUUAACACUUUACUUUUCAUUUACUUGAUUUUGGUUGUUUUGCUGCUGCUGUCUUCGGGCUAUAUAGGCUUGCGUAUUGUUGCCUUGGAGGAACAGCUCACGUCUCUAGGUGCCCUACCUGAGUUUACACUACAGAGUGGAUAUCGUCAGGAGACAUAACCCACGCUCACUCAAGGAGAGAUUGGUUGACUUGUGACUAGAAGUAUAUCUGGGUCUCUUUCACAGAAGGAAAAAGUCAAGACUGUUCACAAUCUUGCCUGAAUGAAGGAAGACUGACCAACCUGUGCAAUAGAAGACGGUUUGGUGUUUUGAAAGGUGCAGCAAACAGAAGGCAUGCCACAACUUGUUUUAUGAGCCAAGCCAAAAUGGAUAAACUCACUGCCUGGUUGCAGUGUGUUGUUAAAACCAAAGCCAAAUGGCUCUGAACUCAUUGCGUGCCACGUCAAAGGCGCAACACAAACUUUCAUAUCUUGCUCAUUGUAUUCUUUGUUGUUAGCAUGCAAUCAAACAGGGCUAUACCUCUGUGCAGGUAUGUGGUGCUAUGCAUCGCCAAAGACGCACAUGAUUCAUCUUUGGCAUGAUUGCACAAAGAUGACUUUUAACAUUGGUUACUGGGUAUUCCUCUGGACCCAAUUGGUCUCUUAAUGACUGAAAUGCUAAAUCUGAUAAGAUAAGCCUCUUGAGGUGUAGUAAUCUACUGGAUGAUCAUUUUUUGCCUUCUUCAAUCUACUGUAGUUUCAGUAUUAAAUUUCUCAUCUUUGGUGAGAUCUAACCAUAUAUUUGGAAAAGUAUGGGGUCCAACCUGAUCAAUGUUGAGAGAACCACCCAGCAGUCUCCGCUGGAAAACGCCUCACCAAUGCAGUUAUUUAGAGGGAGCUUUCAGAGUUUGUUUAAUGAGGCAUGACUACGUUUAGCCCUGGUCCUCUAAAGUCGAUUUGGGAUCUGUUUUUCAGUGUUGACUGAACGGGAUCGGCACUUUGUGUUAAUGAUCUGUAACAGGGCUCCAGAGGACCAGGUAUCAUUUCUAGAAAGAGGGUAUUUAAAGUAGCACCAGUAUUUGUAUCACAUUGACACUAACCAAGAGCUAUGUGAAUUCUUUUUUUGAAUGAGAGUUUAAAACAGCUAUUAGAUGGUCCCAAAAUGUCAAUAUGCAAAACCUAUUACUGUAUGCACGAUAAUAUGUAAUGCAUCUGUAUGUGCCGUUUUUAUUGAGCUUUAUGUUUGUGGGAGGUUGUGAUGGGAAAGGAAGUGGACAGCCCAAGGGAGCAUUGCACUUUCAUUGUGCUUUGCCAUUCAGAAUCUAAAAUCCUGGUUUAAGUUGAGACAAAAUUGCAGAGUCUGUGGUAUGUGACGGUGCUAAGACCUUUUAAACUCGUUCACUCAGGGGUGUGUUCAAUAAUUUAGUCCUUUCAUUUCAAAAUCUUUUGCUUAUGGCUGCCCCUCCCACUCAAAGAGCACACGUUUUAACUGCAAUCAUCCUAGCUAACCAAUUCAUACUGUAUCCUGCUUCCCCCAAUGUUCUUUCAUCUUUGUGAACACUGUCACUCUGUAGCCAAGGUACAAAAACAUUUCAUUGAAGGUUAAUAUGGUAUACAUUUCAUGACUGGUUUUGAAGAGUCUCAGGAGAUUCUCAAUACAGCAUCGUCAGUUGCAUUUCCCCUACAGGGGCGCACACACACCCUCUGUCCUCCAGACAACCUGUGCAGUGGGUGGUUUUGCACUAUUUCAAAGUUGUACAUAAUUUUGUAUUGAUUGUCAAUGUCCUUAAUUCUACUAUGGUCCUAUAUUUAUUUUUCAUUCUUUGUAAUUCAAAGUAGUCUCUGUGAGACGACUUUGUUAUUGUUGAAAAUAAAUUGAAUGUUGCGAAGUA